CCCACUGCCUCUCUCUUCCUUUUGUUGCUCAACUGUGAUGAAGAACAGAAGCUGUUACGACACUGCCAGUUCUCACCCAGGCCUCUACUAGGAUCGUCCAAUUCACCAAUGUUAAUGGACCAAAGCAGGCGCCCCCAUCCCAACACCACCUGCCAUCAUCCCAGCCUCUGCUACGACCGGCUGAUCAAACAAUGCUUGAGCUGCAAACACAUGAAAAGAGGCACCAGGAAGGAGACAACUACUAUGCUUGGAACAACCUCCAUUCCAACCCAACCAACGCAAUUUCAUAUUGCAAACCAGAAUUGUUCAGCUUUAAUAUUUGGUUUCUGUGCUUUUGUGGGGCUUGUAAUCAUCAUGGCAAUGUUAUGGCUUGUAAUCUUGAAACAAAGAAGGAAGAGAAUGAGAAAAACUGGAAUCAAAAAUUCCAAAGAAAAUGGGAACUGCACUAGUCUUCUUGCCAAUGAAGCUCAUACAAGCCACGACUGCAGACCAGAAGACUAUGACCCUGGACAGCUUCGAUGCCCACAUUUAAAUGGCGUUACAAAGACUCCCCAAGAUGAUGUCUUAAAGGAGAAUAUGCCCUGCGUUGCUUUCACAAGAAGUCAGGACUUUGAAGUGAUUCCCUUGUGUCCCCAUGAUGAAAAACGCAACUCCCCAUUUCCACUGCCAGCAACUGAACUUGGAGCAACUGUGCUGGUGACUACUAAGACAAUCCAGGAGAACAUCCUCAGUGAGGAGCUGCCAUAAUAAUUGCUUUAAAGGGGCUUGGGCUAGUAGAUGCUAUCUCUCAAUCAUUAUAUGGCUCAUGAUUGGAGGCAGGCCAAUUCACCUUGGUGUAGAAGUUUGUUUUAUUGUAACUAUAGUUUGGAAAAUAACAAGCUUUACUUCUAAUGAAGUCAUCAUUUCAGUUUCCAAAAAGUCCAGCUAUGACUAUGGUGAAACAAGAGGACAUAUUAGGGCAUAUCACAUCCAAUACAUCCAGAUCAGAGAACCUACGAAAGAGGUUCAGUUAUUUUCUUAACUUCAGUUACUUUCAAGGGAGUAGAAUAAUCUUGCCUUAAUUUCUGCAUCCUGAAAUGCACCCAGUAAGAUGCUUAUAAGCUACUAUAUGUGCUAUAGUUAAGAAUGAAAACUUAUAAAUGAAAUAAGAAAAAAAAUAGAGUAAAAGUUUAAGUGAAACAAUUUUAAUCACUAAGAGACACAUUUAAGUUAUUGCAUUUUUUAGGUGUAACAUAUGAGAAAGCCAGUUUGGUGUGGUGGUUAAGGGAUCAGGCUAGAACCUGGAAGAUUGUGAGUUCUACUCCGGCUUUAGGCACAAAGCCAGCUGAGUGACUUUGGGCUAGUCACUUUCUCUCAGCCCUAGAAAGGAGGCAAUGGCAAACCACCUCUGAAAAACCUUGCCAAGAAAACUGCAGAACCAGUCCAGGCAGUCACCAGGAGUCAAACUGACUUAAAGGCACAACACAACCAAACAAACAAUGUUAAUGGCAAGUGGUAAGUAAACUUGUUCUGAAGCACUUGAUAAAUUGGUCAGGAUGAACCUCUUUUAAAACUACUGUCUAAACCAUCGUAUCUCAUUGUGAUUAUGUUUUUAAAUUAUUCUAAGGUGUCCCUCAUAUUGUAAUAAUGUAUUCUUACCAAUUAAAUAAUGUAUUCACCUGGCCAAGUGUGCAGACCAAUAAAUAGAUGUCCUGUAAUUUUCAA